AUGACAAUAAUGAAAACAAAAAGCAAAAGAUGCUUGGAACUCAUCCGUCAAUCAGGAGUGAAGAUUGCAGGGAAAGGAGCUGUAGUUAUCGGGCGCAGUAAGAUUGUGGGGGCACCUAUGCAUGACCUGUUGCUGUGGAAUCACGCUACAGUCACCACCUGUCACUCAAAGACAGAGCAGCUUAGUGAAGAGGUGAGCAGAGCAAACAUUCUUGCUGUGGGUGCUGGUAAACCGGAGAUGGUUAAGGGUGACUGGAUCAAGCAAGGUGCCAUUGUGAUUGACUGCGGCAUUAACCAUGUACCAGAUGACACUAAGCAGUCUGGUAAGAGAGUCACUGGAGAUGUCGCAUAUGAAGAAGCAAAGGAGAAGGCGUCCUAUAUAACUCCAGUCCCAGGUGGGGUUGGCCCCAUGACCAUAGCAAUGCUCAUGGAGAACACAGUGGAGAGUGCAAAACGUUACCUGGAAAAGUUCCAGCCAAACUCAUGUAAUAUAGAAUACACUAAACUUCAGGUGCAGACGCCUGUACCCAGGUAGCGCUGAUGUUUUACAAUGAAGACCUCAUGUUUACUGCCAUAUUGUAUCUUCAGACUGUUCAUGUUCACUUUGAAUUACUGGA